UUCCUCGCGGCUAUCGUCGCGCCCUCCCCUCGGCGCAUUGAGUGCCGACAUGACAAAACAACGGCAUUCCAAAUCCAACGGCCGAGAUGAGCCGAGCAACGCCGCUCCCGAACCGACGCGCGUCCGAUCCGCCACGUCGCGUCGCCCCGCCGAGAUAAAGAUCCUCCACUCCCACGCGCGCUUUUAUUCCGACCUUUUCGCCCCGCCUCACUCGCGCCCGACAAUGCUGAUCCUCCACGCGCCACCUUCUUUGAUAAAGCCCCUCCGCAUCCUCGCUCUCCCGCACCCCACCGCAUUGCCGAGCCUCCGCUCUCACCUGACGCUGACGGUGAUCAGAUUAGCUCGAAGAUUCGCGGCCAUGGCGAGUUCUGGCGCCACCAACGGCGGCGCCCCGGCGGAGCACGCCGCCGGAGAGUGGUACUCCGUGCCCGAGCUCCGGCUCCGGGACCAUCGCUUCGCCGUCCCCCUCGAUUAUUCGGCUGAUCGAGGCGUCUCGCAGAAGAUCUCCGUCUUCGCUCGUGAAGUCGUCGCGGUUGGGAAAGAAGAGCAACAACUGCCAUACCUGUUGUUUCUACAAGGUGGACCUGGUUUUGAGUCCCCAAGACCCACUGAAUCCAGUGGAUGGCUACACAGAGCGUGUGAAGAAUUUCGUGUAAUCUUGAUGGAUCAGCGCGGGACAGGCUUAUCUACUCCAUUGACUGCUUCAUCGAUGUUGCAAAUAAAAUCUGCAGAGAACCUGGCUAAUUAUUUGAUACAUUUUCGGGCGGAUAACAUUGUAAAUGAUGCUGAGUUUAUUCGAGCGCGUCUUGUUCCGGAUGCUGGACCUUGGACCAUUCUGGGUCAGAGUUUCGGUGGUUUUUGUGCAGUAACUUAUUUAAGUUUUGCUCCUCAAGGACUCAAACAAGUUCUUAUAACUGGUGGAAUUCCACCCAUUGCAAAAGGAUGCACUGCAGAUGCUGUAUAUAAAGCAGGCUCAGAGCAGGUUACUCUUCAAAGUGAGAAGUACUACAAGAGGUAUCCACAGGAUGCAGAAGUUGUUCGUGAAGUUGUAAAGUAUUUGGCAGAAUCUGAAGGUGGUGGGGUGAUUCUUCCUUCUGGUGGCAUCUUAACGCCUAGGGGUUUCCAAACUCUCGGUCUUUCUGGCUUAGGAUUCAGUGCUAGCUUCGAGCGAUUGCACUACAUGCUUGAGAGGGUUUGGGAUCCUAUUUUAGUACCCGGUGCAUCAAAGCAAAUUAGCUACUUCUUCUUGAAAGCUUUUGAGAAUUGGUUGGCUUUUGAUACAAAUCCUCUUUAUGCUCUUCUACAUGAGCCCAUAUACUGUCAGGGUGCUUCAUCAGAGUGGUCUGCUCAUAGACUGAUGUGUGAAGAUGAAAGCAAGUUUGAUGCCAUAAAGGCGGCAAAAGAGGGUCGUCCUGUUCUUUUUACAGGAGAGAUGAUUUUCCCAUGGAUGUUUGACGAAAUUCAUGUCCUAAAGCCAUUCAAAAAAGUUGCUCAGAUAUUGGCGGAGAAGAAGGAUUGGCCUCAACUAUAUGACAUCGUCGCUCUCAACAAUAACAAGGUACCUGUCGCAGCUGCAGUCUAUUACGAAGAUAUGUAUGUUAAUUUCAAGUUGUCGAUGGAGACAGCUUCUCAAAUAGCUGGUAUCAGACUAUGGAUAACCAACGAAUACAUGCAUUCUGGUCUACGUGAUGGAGGUGGUCGGGUUCUGGAGCACCUGAUGGCCAUGUUGAACGGAAAGAAGCCUUUGUUCUAAUCUUUACUGGUCAUUUAGUUUUCUUGUCAAACUCUUCCAUUUGAGUAUAUUCCCCUCUACUAGAAUAACAAGUUGGAUCACCGAAUAAAGAAAGCUUUCCGUUUGGCAUUA